GAUAAUUACAAUUACGUACGGUAAAUAUCGCGAAUUGCUGCGAAUAUUAAUUACUCUAAAAAAGAAAAAAGAGUAGGAGCAGCAAAUAUAAAGGCCGGGACCGAAUUUUUCGCAUUCUGUCGGCUGUUACGAACGACGGCACCUUAGAAAAUAAUAGAAGGAAGAGGAUUGGAUGAAUAACGAGUAACCACAGGCAGUUAUAUCGGGUUGGCUCUCCAAGACCUGGAGACCUAUCACGUAUACCACUUUUAACGUUUUACUGUACCUUCACUCAGUUGAUCGCACUUUGAAAGCCUACGAGCCGUAAGUUAGAGUUGGCCCGUCUGCCGAAUAACAUCUACCUCAGAAUCAGUGACGUUUUUUUCAACCGUGAAGUUUUUUAAAUUAAGAACAAGAAGAUAAUCCUUGAUUGAAAGAUCUGCGAAAAACGAAGACUAAAAUGCCGGUAAUUACAACCAAAGUAUGCUUAUGGUGUUUUGUUCUACUUGGGCUGGGGUUCGGGACCUCUCUGGCAAUCACUGAGGAGUUAAGCAACACGGAUUUAAAUUCCAGACGAGAUAAUCCAGUUACUGAACUUGUCGAUUAUAUCUUAGGUUACAGCGCUCAAGGCAGGACGUUUGGGAUUAAACGUUUACAGUUUAUGAUGAUGCCGAUGAUAUUUAAAAUGGGCGUAAUUAUGACGUUAUUGGUUGUACUUACUAUUAUUUCAUUGAAAGGUUUAACUGUUGGAGUUAUUCUGCUGGUGCUAAAACUGAGCGCAUUUUUCGGUAAAUUUUAUGCCUCUCUUCAGUCGCAGAGACCAGCGUGGAUACCACCAGCUCCGCCGGCUCCACCGGUUCACUUCCACGUCCAUAAUGACCCGGGUAAUAGUAAUCACUAUGAUAAUUCCAUGGGAUAUGGAUAUGAUGCGUCAGCUGAUUAUUACCCCAAAGGACAGCAUCCGAUCCAGCAUCCUCCUCAUAUUAAUGGAUAUUAGACCCCUCUUCUUUUUACUACCUAUAAUUUAGUUUAUCUAUCAAGUGGCCAUAACAUAUUAUUUAUUUAUUUUUAUUGUUUUUAUUUAAACUUGUAAAUUAUAAAUUACCCUCUUGGAAGAAAUAAUGUUUUAGAUUAGAUCUUGAAAUGUUAUUUUUUUUCAAGAUAAACCGA